AUGGAGAUCUCCGAGCCCGAGCUGCUGCGGGCGACCUCUCCGCGGCGGGUCUUGCGGGGCUUCGGCCGAGUACUGCGGCUGGACCUUGCGUUGGGGCAAAAGCACUGGGAGAAGUGGAGCCGCCCAACUAGGCAGAUCGGGCAGUUCUGGAGCCAUUCGUGGCAGGCAGACCCUUGGGCAAAGGUCUUGCUGCUCUUUUUGGUUUGCAACGGCAUGCCCGCCAUUGUCGUGGGCACGUUGGCCGCUUUAGCGGCGAGCUUUUUGUGCGGCUUUGGAAUUCUGCCGGGCUAUCUUCAUACGCCCUGGAACCAUCCGGAGCUGGUGGUGGAGCAGGGGCCAUGGAGCCUGGCCAGCGGCUGCGUGAGCUCGCUGCUGGUCUUGUUGUUGCUCCGCUCAGGCCGCUCCGUUUUCUUAGACCGGAUUUGCAUUCACCAAUCGGACGAGCACUUAAAGGGCUUGGCCAUCAUGAACAUGGGCGGCCUUCUCAAGAACUCGGAAUCUCUCCUCGUGAUGUGGGAUUCGACGUACGCCGAGAGGCUUUGGUGCGUGUUUGAGCUCGCGGCAUAUUUGAAGAGCCAUGAAGACUCGAGCUGCAAGUUGAUGGUGCGGCCCGUCUUGCUGGGGCCGCUCACGCUCAUUACGUUCUUUGUAGUGACGUUGCGAAGUUGCAUACUGGUGGCGGGCUUUCCUGUUGUUUCCAAGGACGUUCUUGCAGGCCUUUCAGCUGUUGCAGCACUCCUAGCUGUUUGCGCUUUGCAGGUUCAGAAACUUCGUGGCUACAAUCGUUCCAUGGAGGCCUUGCAGCAUCAGCUCAGCAGCUUUAGUUUCGCUCAAACGAAGUCAUAUUGCUGCAGCGCGAAUCACAAGGAUGACAACGGCGCACCUUUUCGUUGUGAUCGAGAGAUUCUCCUGGAAUGCAUCACUCUGUGGUUUGGCUCCGUAGAGAGCUUUGAGCAAUGUGUGCAGUCCAAAGUUUCCGCAUCCUUGCUUUCGGGUCUAGGAAGCCAUGCUCUCCCCUAUUCCUGGAUUUUAGCUGCGUCUUCCCCGUUUUUGUGGGCAGCAGCCGAUUCAGCGGCAUCCCUUUUCCGAUGCGGGGAGUGGAGAAUUGGCCUGCCGUACCUUCUGAAUGGUCUUGCUUGGUGGCUUGCAGCGACCCCAGCGCUCUUCGUGGUCUGUGGGCUGGUGUCGCACAGGCUGCGGGCAAGAGCUGACAGGCAGUGCGUAGACCUUUUAAAGUCGAUCGUGGGAGCAGUUUUUAUAAUAAUUCUCGCACUUUUGGCGGCUGCCGCGCAGCAGGCCUGCUUCACACUCGUCGAUGACGAAUUGCAUGCAGCGCUGGCGUUUUCCGGUGGCAUGACGCUGCUUGCUGGUAUCACUUGGAGGAAGUGUAAGCCUAGCUGA